AUGCAAAGUACACUCACCCUGUCGUGCGAGGUAGCUUACUUCUAGCGUGCGCCUGUAAUCUUCAAAACUCCCACCUGUCAGAACCCAAUCAUACUGAUUCUCUUCUAAUUCUAUUUACUUCUCAUGCCACCAUUCCACUCCUACUUUGCACUCCUUCUUUAGCCUAUUACCCUCUACGCCGGAUCCCAGCGCCUGAUCGAGACUCGGUUGACACGUUGGCUUGGGUUGAAGUCGCGCGCCUCGCGGGCACUCGUCUCUCUUCCUUCUUCAUCCAUCUUCCAUCCUCGAUCUUGCGCUCGUACUCAACCCCUUGAGUCGGGAUCCAGUCCUCCAUACUUUCUUACAGGUUAUGAGCCCACAAUCUACCAGCAAAGCCACUAA